GUCCCCCUGAGGCGGCACAUGGCGGGCCCGGCCGCGGCUGGCGUGGACGGGGCCACGGCGGUGGCAGCCGGGCGGGGCGCGUUCGGGCAGGUGUGGUUCCCAGAGGUGGCGCUGCCCGCCGGGAAGGCGCUGACCGACGCCUUGCAAGGCCCCGGGGGUGCCCACAUCGCGUACUUCGAGAGGAAGCACCCCGGAGUGCUGGUGGAGGUGAGCGGAGAGGUCUGCCAAUACGCGCCGCCGGACCGGCGGCUCCACGUCUCGGUGCUCUGCGGAGACCGUGAGGAGCUGGAGCGCGCCAUGGCCGACGUCCGGGACAUGGUGGAGGCCGCCGUCGACAUCGUCGCGGAGACGCUUGGCCUCAGCGAGCUCGAGCUGGCGGCCGCGCUGAGACGCAUCCGGUCGAAAAAGUGUAACUUCCGGUUCGCGGCGGACGCGUCGGAGGGAGGCGAUGGUGAUGCGCCCGCGCCCGAGAGCCCCGCGAGCCCCGAGUGCGACGACGCUCUCGUCGCCGGCGCGGCGCGGCGCGGGCCCGGGCCCGACCAGGACGACCCCGGGGGGGACGACGAGGCCUGGGGCGUGGGCGAGCUGGCUCCGACGCCCUGGGGGGCCGUGCCGCCUGUGGAGCUGGACGAGCCCGCGGAGCUGGACGAGCCGGAGUCGCCUCCCUGCGCGGCGGGCCGGGAUGCCGAGAGCCCCGCGGAGCCCGAGAGCCCUCAGGAGGAGUCCCUGGAGCCAAGCGUCACCGCUGAUGCAGCAUGUGCCCUGCCCCAGAACGCAGCAGAGCCUCUGCGCGAGCCGUCGCCUCCGGCAGCGGGCGCGCUGGCCGAGCAGUUUGACCUCGUCUCCAGCGACGAAGGGGAGAUGGCCUAUGAGCCGAAGCUCGACCAGGUGGCUGUGCAGAUGGCCCACGAGCCGCAGCUCGACCCCGAGCCGGCGGCGCGCCCGGGCGCCGGCCGCGCUCUCGAAGCGGAUCCCGCGGCAGGCGGCACGCCCCCGCGCCGGCGGGACACUGGGAACGCCAGGGCCGCGGAUGACCAGGAGGUGCAGGUCCCAGAGGACGGCCGCGACCACCAGGCCGACUUGCUGGAGGAGCUGCUGCGGGCGGACCUGUCGGUGGCCGGGGGGCCUCCAGCCCCGGCGCUCCCGCUGCCCGCGGACGGCCGCUUCGCCGACGCGGGGAGCUAUUCGCUGCUGUGGGAGCACGCGCUGCGAGGCGAGGCCACUUCCCAGGCCUGGUCGGAGAUGGGCCGCGAGCGCGCCGCGGAGUCCUCUUGCCUGGCGGGGAGGCUCGAGCUCGACGUUCGGGGUGGCGAGUGCGUGGAGCUGCUGCUGUGGACCGGCGGGUGGGUGGCCCGCGACGGGCGCCGCACCGCGAUAGGCGUCCGCCAGGGCGGCGUCCUGUGGGCCUCCCGGAGCGGCUGCGAGGCGCCGCUGGGGCCUGCCGGCUCGGGCGGCUGGCGGCAGGUGACGCUCGGCGGCGCCGCGUGCCACCUCAAGCUCAGCAGCUGGAACGCCCUGGACGUGUGGGGCGCAGCCGCGCCCCUGCGCCGCGCCGUGGAGCUGAGGCCGGGCUCGGUCGUGCUGCUGUCCUCCGCGGGCGGCGCGAUGCCGCGCCUGGGCGUCGUUGAGCGCAGGGGCGGGGCCUUCCUGGCCGAGAGCAUCCGCGUGCGCACGGCCGCCAGCGCCGCGGCGCCUGCCGCCGGGCCCCUCGCGGCGCACAUGCCCUUGCUCGUGCACGAGGCAAAGGUAGAUAGCGGCGCGGCACCUGUUGAGGGCCCCGUCACGGCGCGCGUACUCUCGGUGAGCGUGGUCUCCGCCGCCCGCGAGCUGUGCGCGGUGCGCAACGCCGCCCGGGUGCCUCGCGGGCUGCGCGGGCAGCUGCUGGGCGCCGAGCUGCCGGGGGAGCACCAGGCGGAGCGCGCGGAGCCGUGGACGCCGCUCGGCGAGGCCGAGGGCGGCGCGCCCAUGGGCUGCCUGGCUCGCCUGAACGCCUCGCAGGCGCGGGCGGUGCGCGCUGCGCUCGGGCGGCCCGCGGGCUUCUCGCUGGUGUGGGGCCCGCCGGGCACGGGCAAGUCCACCACGUUGCUGUGCCUCAGCUGGAAGAGCAGGGAGUACGAGCGGCUGCACCGCGCCAUCGAGCAGAUCGCGCUGGAGCCGCCGGCCGGGCCCUCGGCGGCGGCCUCGGCCGCCGGGGCCUCGGCGCGGUGGCGCGCCGCCGUGCGCUGCGCCCCGCACCUGCUCGUGGCCGCGAGCUCGAACGCGGCGGUGGAGAGCCUCGUGGAGAAGGUGCAGAGGCACAAGUUCCAGGAUCGCCAGGGCCGCGCGUACGAGCCGUGGGGCAUGGUGCGCAUCGGCUCCGCCGCGCGAGGCGGCACGGAGCAGCUGCGGCACCUCGACCUGGACUCCCGGGUCGAGGCCCUGCUGUCGGUGGGCAGGGCCGAGGUGGCGGAGAGGCAGAGGAAAGUCCGCGAGGCCCUGAGCCAGCUGCAGAGGAAAGUCGCGUCCCUGCGCGCGGGCAUCCUGAAGCUGCAGGGCGUGGUGCCGCUGCCGAGCGGGUGGGAGGCCAGGCUCGCGAAGGCGCCGUCUGACCGCAUCGAGUUCCACAACCACGUGGAGCGGCGGGCGACGUGGCAGCACCCCGGCAGGCCAGCGGACGGCGACUCGGGGACGGGGCUGCUGGACCUGCCCGAGGCAGUGGGUCGCCUGCGGGAUCUGAUGCAGUGCGCGGACCAGUGGUGGCAGCUGAACGGCGAGGCGACUCGGCUCGAGAUCCUCUUCGAGAGGUCAGAGUCCGACUGGGACCAGCGCGACGGGAGGCUGAAGGAGCGCCUCGAGAGAUCGUUCAUCGGCACCGCCCACAUCGUGUUCGCCACGCUCAACAGCGCUGCCAGGCUCCGGCCGCACAUGCUGCGCGAGGGCUCGCUGCCCUUCGGCACCGUCGUGGUGGACGAGGCUGCCCAGGCGACGGAGCCAUCCACGGUCAUCCCCCUGGAGCUGGCGCGCUCGCGCCGCUGCGUGCUGGUCGGUGAUGACAGGCAGCUCCCGCCGACGAUGUUUGCGGGGUGGGCGGAGGAGUCGCGCGCGUCGAGGACGCUCUUCGAGCGGUUGCGGCAGCUUGGCCACACUCCUCGGCUGCUGGAGGAGCAGCACCGGAUGCACCCCAGUAUCUCGGCCUUCCCGCGCGCGUACUUCUCGGGGGCUGCAACUGCGCGACGCGGACGCCGUGGUCGGCCGGGAGGGCCUGGCCCUGCACGGCCUGGUGCCGCCGCUGCUCUUCCUGGACCUGGAGUCCUCCAGCUCGGAGUCCUAUCCCGGGCGCCUGCGGAACCUCGAGGAGGCCCGGCUCUGCCGCGGCGUCCUGGAGCAGCUGCUGGAGGCCGCGCGGCAGCUGGGCGAGGAGAGCAUCGUGCGCAGCGUUGCCGUCCUCACGCCCUACAGGCAGGGCCCCUCCCGAUCCGGGCGCAGCAGGAGGCGCUGCAGCUGCAGCUGCGCCAGUCUCGCGGCGCGCCCUGCGGGGCGGAGGCCGUGCACACGGUCGACGGCUUCCAGGGCCAGGAGGCGGAGGUGGUCGUCUUCAGCUCCGUGCGCGCUCCGGAGGUGUCGCGCCGCAGCUGCGGCAUCGGUUUCCUGGCCGAUGAGCGACGGUUGAACGUGGCGCUGACUCGCGCGAAGAGCCUUUUGGUCAUCAUCGGCCACUCCAGGACCCUGUCGCAGUCGCCGGCCUGGGCCUCGCUGCUGCGCCACGUGCGGGGCGCGGCCCCGGGCGCGGGCGCCCUCCGGCGGGUGCGGAGCAGCAGCGAGGCCGCCGCCGCGCUCGGCGGGGAGCGGCCUGAGGGCUGCGUCUGCUCGUGA